AUGGCCGCCUUCGUGCGAGUGUCGGGCCCGCCAAAUGGCAAUUUCCUGAUCGGUUACCCCGGAAUCUCUGCGACUAUGCCCCGAAUCGAAGGUAAAGUCGAGAUCAGACCCAGCAUCGGCAUUACGGCGCCUGUGAACGUUUCCCUCGUGACCAUAUCCCUCCAUCGGCGCGAAACAAUACAUCCGUCGGCGGACUCCGUGACCAAGAAGCAUCUGGCGCCCCCGAGGAAAGAGAUCACAGAUGUCGUCGGCAAGGAAAUGCUGCUGUUUCGAUGUCCGGCCGGUCGAGAAUAUGAGGAAGUAAUAUCAAUGGACUUGCCCUUCGUCUUGUUCAUACCGUUUGGGCGUGGUGGGCAAGACUCAUCCAGACGAGUGCCCCCUGCCAGUCUGCAGCUCCCCAGUCGCACUGCGGAGACCUACUAUGAAAUUGUCGUGACGGUCCAACAAGGACAAUCGGACCAGAGAAAAUACGCGUUUCCGGUUCCGAUCUCCCGAUACGACACACUAUCUACAUUUGGGAUGUACAACCGCCCUGAGUCUGCGGAGCGGGUUUCAGAUCACCUGGUCACCCUAGGGAUAUCCUUACCCCGAUGGUCCUACGGGCCCCUUGACCCCGUAAGCGUCUAUGUGAAGCUUUCACCGAACCCGGAUUGGAUGAACAAAGCCAGGAAGGUCACAAUAAACAAGAUCACCAUUGGUAUUGACGAAGAGAUCAUAUAUAAUCAUGAGGGGGAUGAACCGCAGCGCAAGCUGAAAACAUUGGUCAAGCGCACAGAGCCCAUCGGUGUCAAGCUGCCGCCGACGGGGUACUUGACGAAUCUGGGGCUGGUAUUUCCAGCGAAGGACCUUCGAGAUGCAGAGGGAAUCCUUCCGAGAGGUAAAGCAGCUUUUCCGACGUAUGCCGUGAGCGGGUUUACUACUACAGCAAGUCUCUACAAGAUUGAGUACUAUUUGACUGUCAAGGCUCAUUUGACGUCCGCAAGGGAUAUUGUCAUUCGACAACCAAUCGUCGUUUGUCCCCUUGAUCAUGCCGGAUGUAAAGAGGAAAUGGAAGCGAUUGAGCAAGCCGCUCGAGAUGCAGUCCAUGUGAACCCAGAUAACCCUAUGCUACCUCUCCCUUCGAUUGUGCGACCCAGUGAUCUGCAUGCACUUCGUCACCUUGGAGUCGCUGUUGUUGGAAACCAGAAGAAGCCGCUCAUUGAUUGA